AUGUGUGAUCCACAAAAUAACGCCACGAAAAAAAAUCCGGGACUACCGCAGUUUCUGCAUAUACGCACCCAAGAGAUAAUGCCAUUCAAUUUUGACGGAAUCAAAUUCAUUUUCAACAAAUCGAUCAGCAAAGAAUUUGGCAUCAAUCACGUCAUCAACAUAACAAAUGGUCCGGAUAAUGGCUACAGAUUCGGUACAUCGUUUACAGGUAAUAAGGAAUGGAUAGGAUUGGGUUGGCCAACGUUUCAGGGCGAGAUCAAUACAUCCGGACACGUAGAAGCAAGUUUAAUCCAACAAGCGAACUUUAUGAGAUUUGUCACUGUCGUGAACUACGAAAACAGUCUGGUGUUUCCUCAACUAACGGUCGAUUGGAUUGGCAACAAUUCCACUGCAUCGAUUGCGGCAUCAAAAGUGACUGCAAUGAAUUAUCCGGAAUUUGUGGAUUGUACGUACUUGAAAACGGUUACGGACAACUUAACGCUGGGGCUUCGAGGAUAUUACCGCUUGUUCAACAAUUUCUGGCCAAUGCCGGAAUGUCUUGCCCGAUACGAAUCUGGGCCGUUCGGUUGGUCGGUGUCGAUCAGUCCACAUGAUAUGCAAUUUUGUCAUUAUUUCAAUGUCAAUGAAAAUCUGCGUUUGGGUCUGAUGCUGAACGGUCAGUUUAGAGAUAGACGGUCGAUUGGGCAGGUUGGAUAUCAAUUCAGUUGUCCGAAGAAGCAAAUAACGGUACGUGGUAUGGUGGAUUCUGAAUGGAAUGUUAGGUCAACUGUUGAGAAACCGUUGACAUCUUUGCCGAUAAUAUUAUUGUUAAGUGCAUCAUUAAACCACCGUAAUAAUCGUGUCGGACUCGGAUGUGGUGUAAUUUUGAAUAAAUAG